AACAAACUAAACGAACAAAUAUUUUCAACUUUAUAAAAAAACUUGUUUGACUUCCCUACAAAAUCACGAGUCUGUGAUAAAUGUUGGUAGACAACUGCUUGCUAAUAUUUGCUAGAUUUAUACUUAUUGCAUAAGCACGGGAGAUAUCGAAGACAUUAAGACGAGUGAUAUAUUUCAGUGUAAGAUGUGACCUGAAGAAAGUGUGUCUUAAAAAAGUUUCGUGGUUUCUCAUAUAUCGUUUAUUUUUCCCUUCCUGCGGAAGGACUUUUGCGGUCGCGCCGAUCGCUUUCGACCGCGAUUUCGAUCGAUAGUUACGAUCACAUUGGCCAAUAGUUAUACAGGAACUGAUACCGCAGCAAUCCUAUCGGUACUAAAUUAGAUUAUUAAAUUAAAUUAAAAAAAAAAACUACACGGUAUUUCGAGGAAUCGUGUAGCUCUAAUAUCGUUCCCAUCGCUACCAAUGAUUACGCUCGAGUCGCGUGUUCCCGCCCUUCCCCCACCACUUAGUACGAGCGCGUGCCGCUGCGCGCGGCAGCGCUGGGAUAGUAGCAGCUGAUCCAUGGUGCGGUGUGGACCAGUUGUGUCCGUGCUGCGUUUCCGCAGUGUGUUCGUACCGGUACGCGUAACCGACGUUUCACCUCGUCGGCGGAUCUCGUCGUAGUGAUUCUCGGUGCCUCUCUGAGCACUCGUGACAAGUGACUCGCCAUCAGGACGCGGUGCUCGACCGAUUCCAUCGCUGACACGUUGCGAAACAGUGAAAGGUAACGAGGACGGACUAGGAGAGAUCGAAGACGACAUAGGAAGGAAGAGCAACGUGAAUCGGCUGGCGGGCGCGCGUCCAUCGCUAAAAACUGGAUGGUCUCCUAGUUCGUCAAUCAUAAUUUAUCCUACAGUGUCGCAACGAGGCUUCCAUCCGAAGAUCGAGGAGAUUCUGGAUCGGUGAGCAUUUGGGAAUCGAGGAACACCGAUUUAACAAGAUCUCAAGGUACAACACGCGAUACUGAUUUUCCUUCGUUUCGGGCCAAGUACGCUCCGGGCAUUUCCUAUUCAAUCUUUUCCGGCAUCCGUUAAAUGCGCAGGUGCUUCCCAGGGGGCUAUAAAAAUGAUCCAGUUCGGUCCCAAAAUAAUCUGACAAUUUCCGGCGGUGAUCAACGCGACUGACGUGCAAUGAGCUAAUGGCGUAACCGGAAGCACGAGGCCCUGAAACCUUGGCCUCGAGUUCGCGGUCCCGGAACACGUCCAAGCACGCGAGUGACGUCGUCGUCGUCGACGAAAUGUCGUUCCUUUUGAGCCGAGGUGGCCGAAAGGGUCCUAUCAUCUGCUUCGUUGGGCUUCUACUGAUCUUUGCCCUCUACGAGCUGGGCAUCAUCUGUGGAUCCAUGAAAUACGUACCCACAGGGAUGAUGGUCGCCAAGGAGAAAUACGUGGUGGGCCCGUUCGAUCACAAGAGGUACACGUACGAUCGGUAUAUGCCUCUAAUAUUCAUCGGUGGGGUGCCACGAUCGGGCACCACUCUGGUGCGCGCCAUGCUCGAUGCACAUCCCGAUGUCAGGUGCGGCCAAGAGACCAGGGUGAUACCGAGGAUCCUGCAGAUGAGGAUGCACUGGCUCAAGUCUGAAAGGGAGAACCUGCGACUUUCGGAAGCGGGGAUCUCGAAGGAAGUGAUGGACAGCGCGAUAGCGGCGUUCUGCCUGGAGAUCAUCGCGCGACACGCGGAACCUGCGCCUAGGUUGUGCAACAAGGAUCCCCUCACUCUCAAGAUGGGCUCCUACAUUCUCGAUCUCUUUCCAAAUGCCAAGUUUAUCUUCAUGAUCCGCGACGGCCGUGCCACCGUGCAUUCCAUUAUCUCGAGAAAGGUCACCAUAACGGGUUUCGACCUGUCGUCUUAUCGUCAAUCGCUGAUCAAAUGGAAUCACGCGAUAUCCAUAAUGUACGGACAGUGCAAGGAGAUAGGAUCGGACAAGUGUCUGAUGGUACCCUACGAGCAACUGGUGCUCCACCCGCGUCAAUGGAUGAAGAAGAUCUUGAACUUCCUAGACGUGCCUUGGAACGAGUCUGUGAUGCAUCACGAAGAAUUCAUUAACAAACCAGGCGGCGUUCCACUUAGCAAGGUCGAAAGGUCGUCGGACCAGAUCAUAAAGCCAGUUAACUUGGAGGCAUUGACCAAGUGGGUUGGCCACAUUCCAGACGACGUGGUCAGAGAGAUGCCUGACAUCGCGCCGAUGCUUUCUGUGCUCGGCUAUGAUCCUUAUGCUAAUCCGCCGAUCUAUGGAGCGCCAGACAGGCUGGUUAGCGAAAACACGAGACGGGUGCUGGCGAACGGGGAAGUGUGGGCGGCCAGGGCGCGCCAGUUCUCUCUCGAGAAGCUGAUAGAACUGAGCAAAGAGGACGAAACCACCAAUACUCCAAACGCGUGACCACGGUUACAUUCUUCCCUAAACACGUGGACCUUGAAUCUGUACAAUUUCUGUAACGUCUAACGACGCUCUUGGAUGCUGAUUCGUAAUGGAAUGCACCCAGACGAGCGCCGAAAACGAACAUUCGAUUGUUCGCUGGAGGACAGCGAAUCGCAACCUGGCGAAGAUCAAGAGCGGAAGAUCCAUCUAGUUUAAGAUUGACCCUUGAUUAAGCGUACAUGUUGGAAUCUCGAGCGACAAGCGUGUCGUUGCGCGUUACUCUGCGUGGCAACCGAUGCAGCCGCGAUAAUGUUACUCUUUUCCCUCCCUGUCUCUCUAUUUGUAUAUUUUAGCCAGUAGACGUUUAAUCCUUGGACGAUCAGGCGAUUUUGUUCUACUUACUCGAUCGUUAACAGACCUGAGAAAUCAGAUAAUAUUAAUAUCAAUGUGUUAGAUGAACGAUUAAUCAUUUAUUGGACAAAGUUUGAAGUACGGUGAAGUUAUGUUAUCAUCGAGGCUCAAAAAUUGUUCAGAAACAAACCCUAAAACUAUGGAUUUUAAUCUUGAAGAAUUGUUUGUCGAUACUUUGGAAAACAUAUCUACUGAAUGUACCCGUUGAAAUUAUAAUUCAUAAUUUUAGUACAAACUCAGUCGGUGCAAGAUGAUUUUGAAAAAUGUAACCGCAGCAUGAAACUAAGAUUAAAAGAAAGAAUCAUCCAACGUGACAAGGAGUUAAUCUGGUAAAACAUCGUAAAACGAUUUGUAAGAGUUAAUAACAGAACUCGCGUCGAUCGUCCAAGGGUUAAUACUAACGCGAAACGUGUAAAUAACGGCUUAGUUACUUCACGUGAUUCAGCUUUUACUAUUUCGAAUCGGUUGUGCGACGCACGAGUUAACGCGAGAUCGUUAAUUGUUUUUGCGUCGUGUUGCCCUGUUCGCGUGGGGUUGAGAAACAUGGCCACUGAAUGGCGGAAACGAAAUGCCAUGUAACAAGUUUGUAAUUACUUUCGUUUCGUUUGUCCUUUUAAUGUCGCGACCAAAUGGAGAAUUGUUGGAUAGACGAUGAACAAUUUCUGUACAAUUUCGACCAACGGCCAGUGAUAAAGAACGUAGACGUACGGUGUUACAAUGUGAAAACCGUGAACCGUGGAAGAUGGACAGGAUAUCGUUGAAAGAAAUGUCAGAGGAGACUGGGUAAACUCUAACAGGAAUUUAAUUUUCACGAGAAAGCCUGCGAUUCGUUUUCAUAUUUGUAACAACGAACAAAUAUUCGAGAACAAUCUGGGGGAAAAAUCUUUAUACUAUGUCCUGUAUUGCGUUAAAUAAUUUUUGUUGCAUUCUAUUUCGGAGCGAAGAAGAAUGUUUUCGCGUGUGGUACUUACUGGUCAAUAGUUAAAGGAGGCACUUGCGUUCCUUUUGUUCUAUAUGUUUCUUUUCUUUUUUUUUUCUUCUACGUUUAUACAGUACAUUAGCACAAUGAAAUAUCGAAGGUUAAGCUAUUGAUAUGUAGAACCAGCGAAAGUUUCCUGUUUUAUCGAUCGUAUUAAUAUUUAUAAGUCGCUGAAACGUGUGAAAGUGCGCCGAAAUUCGUGUUUGCAGACGAACUGUUUAGCCCAAUAAAUCGUUCCCUUCGAUCUACAAUUUACCGCGUAUUUUCGUUAUCGAUCGUCGGUAAAGACGCCGAGCGAUGGUUGCCGUAAACAUUAUUUCGAAUACGACAGAACGACGCUGUUUUCGAUCGUUGUUAGAUUUCGUCGACCGGCAACCGAUACAAAUACAACUUCGAUGUGGCAUUACGUCAUUCGUGUCAACCAUGUUACUGUCUAUCGAAUUAUACAGUUAAAUUAUUUUAAUAUUACGAAA